AUGUACUCAGUGCAUGUGCAACACCCUAUACAAAUCAUGUCGAAUGGUGGCUUUGCCAACGGCAUCAUGGACCCGCCUGGCACCAUUGACCCGUCGCAUGUCUUCGGAGGCCCGACCCAGCCCGUCGCACAGCAACAGCAGGCAUCGCGAGGCCUGAAGCGCAGCCGCUCGCCAGAAACCCCCUACGAGAUCCAGGGCGAUGACACGCCCAACAACAAGCGCAGUCGCGGCCGCCCGCCCAAGACGGCCAGACCCCCCUACGCCGGAUCGCCCAACCGUGGCUCCCAGCCUCCGCAGAGUGGCAUCGCGCCGCCCGUACAGACACCCCAGCUGCAGACAUCGGCCCUGCCCCAAGGAUCGCCUCCCCAGAUCUCGCCCUCCGGCAAAGGAACGCCCACCAAGCCCGCCGUCAUAAAGGCGCUGCCGACGGUGCGCGACCACACGACCGACCAGCUAAAUCCCGAGGGCGACGAAUACAUACCGCGCGAAAUCGACGAGGCCGGCGAGAGGAAGGUUACGCAGACCGGCCACCCACUCGACGGCCGCGAAUACCGCUGUCGCACCUUCUUCGUCCCCAACAGGGCCGACAAGCUCUUCAUGCUCGCAACAGAAUGCGCGCGUGUCCUGGGCUACCGUGACUCGUACCUGCUUUUCAACAAGAACCGAUCUCUAUAUAAAAUUAUUGCCACCCAGGCCGAGAAGGACGACCUAAUCCACCAGGAGAUUCUACCAUACUCAUACCGAUCCAGACAGAUUGCCAUAGUGACUGCCCGAUCCAUGUUCAGACAGUUCGGAAGCAGACUGAUUGUCAACGGCCGGCGCGUGCGCGACGAUUACUGGGAGAGCAAGGCUCGGAAGCAGGGUUUUACCGAGGAGGACGCUGCGGGCGAGAAGAGGCCAGGUGCUGCAAAAGCAAGAGAGGCAGCCGCAGCCGAAGCCAACCACGCAAGUGCCAUGGCCUUUGCUCAUCCAGGAGCAUACACCGGCAACAACCAAGACUACCUCGGUGCUGCCAUUAACCCUCUGCAGCCUUUCGGUGGUCUCAACCCCGCACCAGGAAGCAUGCCUUCCACAAACGCUGACGCAUACAACCGCACAACGGCUGACCUGCAGCCCCGAGACUACAGUGGCGUUCAGCGGCCGCGACAUGAGAUGCAGGGCGCCCCCUAUCAGGACUUGACACGGCCAACCCCGUCCGGCGAGAUCCUCAACGCAGCUGCGCAAACAGCUGAAGUCAACAAGCAGCUCGAGCAACAACGCAAGCAUCGCAAAGACUACCUCAACGAUGUCUGGCAACGACCCCACGAGCCGCCGGUCCAGCCAGACCGACCUGGAACUGCCGAAGGACAGCACGCACCCCAAGUCACCCAGACCGUGCAGUCGCCGCGCAUGCCUUCGACUGCCGUCAGCAUGCCAGGGAACCAGUACGGAAUGCCAGCACAGACACCGCAAAGACCUGGACAGUCGAUGAGCGCUCAAGCCUACCGUCCGCAGCCCAUGCCCCAGAACAACAUGGUGCCUUCGCCCAUGGCUCAGCAACACACCCCACUCCGCCCUGACCAGAUGCACCGUCGCCCACCAAGCAUCGGCAUGCAGCAGGGCAUGAACGCCUCCAGCAUGGGCCCUGGAGGCAUGCUUCCAGGUGUUCAACAGAACCCAGGACAUGGCUACCCUCCAUCACACAUGUGGCAAGGACCACCACAGCCGUCCCCGCUCUCACAACAGCACAACAUGCAGCAAUAUGCGCAACGACCGCAGCAAUCUCCGCUCCCGCAACAGUCUCCCAUGCAUGCAUCGCCACAGCUCCAUCAUGCUCAAAGCAGUGCAUCGAUGCAUGGCACACCUGUCCAACAGUAUCAGACUAUGGGUGCUAUGGGCGGUUCUAUGCCCGGAGGAGACCCUGGAUACCAAGCCAUGGGGCAGAACCCCUACCAGCCUAGUCCAAGUCCUCACCAGUUCAUGCAGCAUCAGAGCGCUGCCGCUCAACAGCCUGGUAUGCCUGGUUGGGCACCACCACAGGCUCAGCAACAAGGAGGAUGGUCGACAUACUAG